ACAAACGCACGCAGGCGAAAAUACGCAACACACCACUGCGACAUCCCUCCCGACUUUAGCGCUAGUGCGUCCACCUACAUUACAUUAUAUCGCCGCCGCAAUAUCCGGCGUUGGCGCGGUGCUCGUUGUGCGUCCGCGGUCCGCUGCAGAUUUGACGCCGCUCGUUCUGGUGAACAUGCUGCUACUGCAGCGAACGGGAGAAUAAUCGAAUACCGUACUGCUGAAGUGUACAGAGUGGUCCCGACCAGGAGACCGCGAUAUCGCCCGUGUAAAACUGCCACACAACCGGCGAAUGGCGCCCAGGGACAACCAGGAGCUGGUGCCGCUUACCGACGGCAGCGGCCGCCCGAACGAUGACGACGAGCUGGAGGGCCAGCGGCCGCAGAAGAGAUCGGCCGCUGCGUGUCUAGACGACAACGGCGGCGGCGGGGGUGGCGGCAAAGGACAGCUACAGACGGCGACGAACGACAUGAAGACGUCCAUGCUCGCAUGUCAGCAGGUCAUCGGACUUGGCACGCUUUGGAGAUUUCCCUACGUGUGCCUCAAGUACGGCGGUGGUACAUUUUUAAUACCAUACAUGGUCAUUAUGUGCUUAGUGGGUUAUCCAUUACUUAUUAUGGAAAUCGGUAUCGGUCAAAAAUUGAGACAUAAUAGCAUAACAAUAUGGACAACAAUUAAUCCUCAAUUAGGAGGUAUCGGUAUAGUUAUGUGCUUGGUUAAUAUCGGUAUGGCUUGCUACUACGGAACGAUCAUAAAUUGGGGAACUAAAUAUAUGAUCGACAUGAAUAAGUUUCCAGACUUGUGGCCUCCACAUGGGCAACCAUCUAUUGAUCCCAAAAGAUCUCAGUCAUUCUGGCACAAAACUGUAUUAAACGUAACAAGUUCUAUGGAUGAAACUAGUGAUAUACAAACGGGCCAAGUAUUUUCAUUGUUUUUCACAUGGCUUUCUUUAGCUUUAAUGUUGGCAGCAGCUUGGAUUACAUGUAAAAACAAGUAUAUACAAGUGUUCAUAAAUUUUUCGAAUUCAAUGUUUCAAAGAUUACCAUUUUAUAUUCAAAUUCUGACAUGCGCAAUUCCACCAUUUUUGUUAGUUGUUGUAUACAUUGUAGAAUCAGGUUAUGGAUAUAUUAGCUUCUUGUAUAUCACGUCUGUAGAGUUAAAAGACUUGUUGGUUUUCCCGAUCUGGGUUGACGCAGUUAUCCAAGUAUUCUGUUCAUUGGGAUUAGUACAUGGCCCGUGGACGUCAUUCGGUUCAUCUUCUAAACGUAAAAGCAAUUUUCUGUUGACUGCUACUGUGGUGGUAUCUUUCAGUUUCAUUUUAGUCUUUGUGUGGACUUGGUUUAUAGUUUCCACAAUAAUACCAAAUGUUUUACAAGACAUUAAAAAUUGCGUAAUCGGAUCAGCUUAUAAAUGGGAUAAUUCUAAAGACAUGCCUGCACACGUGUUUUACAGCAAUAAUUAUGAUGCGCUAAUUGCUAGUCGAAAAUUAGACGACACUCUGAUGAGUUUUGAUGUACAAGAAUGUAACAUGGAAAAUCAAUUCAAAUUGGCAAGCAACGGUGUUGGCCUGAUGUUUAUAGCACUCGGAGAGUUUACUACAACUUUUUCAUUUGAGAAAAUUACUGGCUAUAAUCAAACCAAAUUUGUCAUAAACAUUCCGCAAAUACUAAUUCUAACAAUUGGUACAGCAUGGUUGAUACGUGUAUUGAGCUGGUUUGUCUGGGCACUUACUGAAGUUAAAUGUUUAAAAAAAUUGUCUACAUUUUGUAUUUCAAGCAUACUUUGUACAAUAUGCUGUAUCUGUGGAUUGGUAUUUACAACUAGAACGGGUGUAUAUUGGCUGUCAUUGUACACUGAAGUUUUUAUUAAUCCGUGUUUGACGGUGUUGGCUCUUUGUGAGGUUCUAAUUAUUGUUUUCAUUUAUGGAUAUAAACAAUUCUUACUUGAUAUAUAUGAUAUGACUGGACAUACAAUUGGUCGUCUUUCUAUAUUCAUCUGGAGACAUGUUACUCCAAUGUUGCUGAUAUUAACAUUCUCGUCAAUCUUGACGGUCGGUAUUUUGGAUGGCUUCAGAUAUGAAGUCUGGACACAUAGGAGUAAUUUCUUAACAAAGAUGAGGUAUCCAUACUGGGCUCAACUAAUAGUUUGGGCGAAUACAGCUGUAUGUCUUCUACUAAUAUUGGCAUUCUGCAUAGUGGAUAGUCGACAAAACCUGACUUUCAAAUUUUUAGAAACCCUGAAUAAAGCGAAAAAAACUACUAGUGGACAUAUCAAGCGAUCAGACUCGGGGUUGUCUGGAAAAGGCAUUAUCACUGAAAUUGAUUUUGAUGAUUGUCACGAUUCAGAGAAUGAUGAGGAUCUGGAUACUUCACUAGCGCAAGCUCCAGUACGUAUGUAUAAAAUUGAGGUUCUCGACUCUUGGAAAUCUGCAAGAGGUCAAGUUUACCUUUAAUACGGGACUAUAUACGCGUCAUGAAGUUAUACUUAUGUUAUAAUAUGUUGUAACUUGUGUGUAUAGUUAAAAUUUAUACCAUGAUUAUAAUAUUAUGCAUCGAUGUGAUUUAAACUAUAAAUUCAUAUAAAUAGCUAUAAAUUUAAUUUCAAAGUAAAUGUUUUUAUGCAUUGGUAUACUAGCUAUAAAUAGUAUAGGUAUCUAUCCUACAUGCAUUUAGUGAAUUCAAUAUCAAUAUCAUUUGUUUUCCAAAAUUACUUAAAGAGCUGUUCACGGUUAAUAUAAUAAUAUAAUAUAAUAUAAUAUGUAAUAAUAUAGGAACGCCGAACACCACGUGAAAUUUCAAUUAAAACAGUAGGAUAAAGAUCAAGUUGUUAAGACCAAAUCAUUAUAAUUUAUAGCAGUAGUUCUAUGAAAAGAAUAUUUGUGACUGUGACGUUACGUUACGUAUGUACUAAGUACUUACAUUUUUAAACAAACGUAUUAGUAUUAUAUGUUGAAGUACCUGUGACCUUCCAAGUUCCAACUAUUAGCAAAGAUAGACCAAUGUUCAUGCAAAAGCAAAUGUAUUGCUCACCUAAAUCUGCCAUUUACUGUUAUACAAUUGGUACGUUCUAAUUUCUUCAAAAUAAGAAAAUCAUAAGUGUUGUGAAUAAUUAAUUAAUUAAAAGAAAUAUAAUAUGGAUUUGAAAUGUACUUAACUGUAAUAACAUGAAAUUCUUAUACAUCAUAAUAUGGGUGCCGCCAGUUAAAAUCGCGAAAAAAACAAUAUAAUAAUAAUAAUAUAUUAUACGUAUUUACAAGCAAUUCCAUAUAUCCCUGAGUAAUCUAUUUUGUAUACAACUUAAAACAUUAUUAGUCAAAAAAAGAAAUUUUCAUGUACCUACAUUUUAAGAUUAAAUUUGAUUAUGCAAAGAUCGCACUAUAGAUUAUAAUAAUUAUACUGAUCACAUAGUUACAUUUUAAUAUGCAUAGCAUGUUUACAUUGUUAAAUCCACAUUGAAGUCUCCAAUUUUCGUUGUCAAAAUAAGAAAAGUAAUAUAAUAUAUUUAUAUUAAUAACAAACAGUGCUCAAUACAUUAGGUUUUAAAAUUUGAUCAACUCGUAAGCUUGAAUUUAUUUGUAUACAAUCUUCAUUAAUUGGGGCUUAGUAAAAUUCAUUAUUAAAAAUUGUUGUGUUGUAUUACUCGAUAUAAUUUGUUCCUAGCUCAAACGCAUAAUUUAUGCUACCUAAUAAGAUAUGAAAUAUAUUUAUUUAUUUUUACUUGUGUGUAAUUUAAUGUGAAAAACCUUAUGGUGCCCAUAUAACUUUAAUACUUUUUUAAAUAUUGUACACAUAUCACAUUAUAAUAUCACAUAUUAUUCAAAAUUUUAAACAUAUAAUAACUUACACUAUAGUAAUAAAAUAUCGAGAAUGUUGUUUGGUAUUAUAUUAUUCUCCUAAUAUUAACAUAAUUAAAUCUACGCCGUCCAUUGGCUAUAAUAAUUAAAGUGUUAAACAGUAAGAAGUUAUUGUACACAUUCCAUUUACUGACUGUUUUUCGAUUGUAACUUUUUUUUUAUGUAUACCUAUUGAACUAAAACUUAUUUUGUCUUACAGUGAAAUAGUCACAUCAUAUAGAUUGUUUAGAAUUUACUCAAUCAAAAAUGAUUGUUUCUCGGAACCUACCUAUAUAUUUAUUUAAUAUAAAAAAAUUCUAAAUUCUAUUAAAAAUUUAGAAACUUAUAUUUAUAUGAAGUUAAUAAUUUUAAGUUUGGAGUAAAUAUUAUAUAUUGUGUUAAUUUACCAUAUUAUAAUAAAGUUAUUAACAUGCAAAUCUAAAUAAUAAAUUGUUUUAUU